AUGGUGGGUUUUAUAGUGUGUUUAAUAUUUUUUUUGUUUUUAAGUAUGAAAUUUUUAAGUUUUGAGUCUUUAUUAAGUAGUAAUUUACAUUUAAGUUCUGGUUGUAAACCUUUUAAAUCUGUUGAUGGUGUUUACAGGGUUAUUAAUGGUGUUUAUAUUUUAGAUUUAACGUAUACUGCAGUUAGUUUAUUUAGGUUGUAUAAGUUUUUUUCUAUAUUAAAUAAUAGGGGGAUUUAUGUUACUUUUGUUUAUUUGGUUAAAUUGUUUAAUAGAAAGUUUUUAAAAUUAAUAACUCGGUACACGGUUCAUAAUUUUUUUAAUAAUCACUGGAUUUACGGUUCGUUAACUAAUGGCCACACGUUGAAGGCAGUUUUAUUGGCUGUCGCUUGGAUCGAGAAAUUAAGGAAGGCUAAAUUUCGUGUUCCUAGAAGUGUUUUUAGGGUGUAUAGUAAAUCUUUUGUUUUAGCUAGGGAUUUAAAAUUUAGUGGUAUUUCUAAGUUUGUGUUUUUUUUAAAUUUAGAUUGUUCGGGGUUAGCAGUUAAAGAGUGUGCCUGCACUAAUAAAUUUUUGAGUGGUCUUUGUUCGCCUUCUUUUGAUGUUGGUUUAAUAGAUUUUUAUAUUUACAGUAAUUGUACUAACGAAGUUUCUAUUAAUUUUAUUUUAAAGUUUGUUUUGGCUUCUUAUUUCAGUAGUUUUAAAGUUUAG